AAUAAUAAUAUAUCAUCUGAAAUUCAACGGAAACUGAAAUCUAUUGUUGGUUUCGCGGAACAAAAUAUACAGAAAAUCCCAAGAGGGUUCUUAUGGUUGAAGACGUACAUAAGGACGAUGAAACUGGUGCACUAUGCAUGGCAGAUCAUUCGUCUGAACCUACUAUGGAUACCGCAACAAUCCAGGUUUUGGUAGGAAUACCUCUAUUGAUACAGCAGUUCGGAGCAUUGUUCAAGAAAAACAUAAUAUUAUCAUUGAGGAAUAAGAAAGCGUUUAUCGGGCAACUUUUCUCACCGGUCGUCUUCAUACUCUUGUUGGUUGGUGUUGAAAAAGUUCUGAAUUCUGGUUAUAUGUCUAGCAGAACUACAGAUGUCCGUGAUCCGGAACCUCUAGUUAUCCCACCAAUUCCUCCAUGUGAAACCAAGUUCUAUGUCCAGCUUCCUUGCUACGAUUUCGCGUGGAGCGGAAAUGCAAGUCCCAGGAUUCAAUCAAUUGUGGAGAAGAUCAUGUUGAAUAAUCCUGGUAGGCCUAUUCCUUCGAUCAAGGUGAAAUCAUUUAAAACGAGUGAUGAUGUAAAUGCUUGGCUUUACAGUGAACCUCUGCAUUGUGCUGCGGCCUUGCACUUUGUUGAAAAAAGUGCUACUGUAAUAAGCUAUGGGAUACAAACAAACGACUCAGAAACGAUAUUGCGAGGAGUAACUGAAGACCCUGUGUUUAAGUUUCAAUUACCACUUCAAAUUGUUGCUGACCGUGAAAUUGCGAGGGUUCUUGCUAUAACUCCGAAGUUAAAUUGGAAUGUGGAACUGAAGGAAUUUGCACAUCCUUCGACUGAAUAUGUUUCUGCAAUGGCCAGUGCAGGAUGGGUUUUCCUUCUUGCGAUAACAAUGUUUCCUUUCAUAUCACAAAUAGGUUCUUUGGUUGCAGAGCGAGAACUUAAACUCCGUCAGGCAAUGUCAAUAAUGGGUCUUUAUGAAUCCGCGUACUGGUUAUCAUGGCUUGUAUGGGACACUGUUAUGAUAUGCAUUGCAUCACUUCUUACUAUUAUCGUCGGGAUUAUAUCCCGGUUCGACUUUUUCGUGCAAAAUAGUUUUGUGGUUCUCUUCUUGACUUUCUUCCUGUUUCAGUUCAGUAUGAUUGGUUUCGCAUUUGCGGUUUCCACUCUCCUUAGCAAGUCAUCAGCAGCAAAUACUGUCGGUUUCUUUGUAUUUAUCGUCGGUUCCUUAACCGGGAUGGCACCAAGUGAGGUUGUGGAUCAGUUUUCAAAAAUAUUCAGAAUUUUAUGGAAUUUCUUCCCUCCUAAUAUUUUCGGUCAAGAGGUUACAAAGCUUAAUACGGCAUCAAUGACUGGUAAUGGGAUUGCCUGGAGUGGUAUCAAUAAAUGUCCACUUCCUGGGGCUCCGUGUUCAACAAUGGGGGUAUCACUUAAAUGGAACUUGGCAAACUUCAUUGUGUGGUUUCUUUUGGCACUCUACUUGGACAACGUUAUCCCGAACUCAUCCGGUGUAAGAAAAUCAGUCAUUUAUUUCUUGAACCCGGGCUACUGGACUGGAAGCAGUGCUGGUGGUAGCACAAGUGAGAUUCCACUACUAGAUGAAAAGAACUCGGAUAGGGAUGAAGAUGUCCUCGAAGAGGAACGCACGGUGAGAGACCAAAUGAAGGAAGAUUACAAAAUGAGUAACGAUUCAAAUAUUGCAGUUCAAAUACGUGGUCUUGCAAAAGCAUAUCCUGGGAGAACUGGAACUUAUCAUGCCGUCAAGGGUGUAUGGAUGAACUUUGAAAAGGAUCAAUUGUUUUGUCUUCUUGGACCUAAUGGAGCUGGAAAAACUACAACAAUAAACUGUUUGAUCGGCAAUAUACCCGUGACGGGCGGAGAUGCUUUGAUAUACGGAAAUUCAGUUAGAAGCUCAAUCGGCAUGACAAAUAUUCGAAGAAUCAUAGGAGUUUGUCCCCAGUUUGAUAUUCUUUGGCCGGAGAUAUCCUGUGAGGAACACCUCCGUCUCUUUGGAAGUAUCAAGGGUCUACCCCCUUCUUUGCUCGAUUCGAUUGUUAAGGAAGCACUAGCAAAUGUAAAGCUUGUUGGUGCAGCAGGAGUAAGAGCCGGAAGCUGCAGUGGUGGGAUGAAGCGUCGCCUCAGUGUUGCUGGUGCUCUUCUAGGGGACCCGAAAUUGGUCAUCUUGGAUGAACCUGUAAGCAUUUAUUUUAUAGACAUGCCUCAAUGGGUUUAUGAUUUUAUUUUUCAUUUAAAUCUGAAAAUACUUUCCUGUGAUGUACAGACCACAGGUAUGGACCCAAUUACUCGUAGACAUGUAUGGGACGUAAUAGAAUACGCGAAGAAAGGCCGGGCGAUUGUUCUGACAACUCACUCUAUGGAGGAAGCUGACAUAUUAGGAGACCGCAUAGCAAUUGUUGCAAAGGGUAAACUCCGUUGCAUUGGUACGUCAAUACGGUUGAAAUCACGGUUUGGGACUGGUUUAGUUGCUACGGUUAGUUUUGCGGAGAACACUUCGAGACAAUUUCCCGUGGAUGGAGAUGCAGUCACUGAUGAACCUCAUCAUCUGGCUGUGAAGCAGUUCUUCAAGCAUCAUUUGAAUGUGGUACCUAAAGAGGAGAAUAAGUCAUUCCUGACUUUUGUUAUUCCUCGCGAUAAAGAGAAACUUUUAUCGGAUUUUUUUGAUAAGCUUGAAGACCAAAAGAAUGAGUUUGGGGUAGGAGAUAUCCAACUUGGGUUGACAACACUGGAAGAGGUCUUCUUGAAUAUUGCCAAAAAAGCCGAGUUUGAAAAUGCUUUGAAUGAAGGCAACUUGGUUACUCUGACACUAACAUCCGGGAAAAAAUUACGGAUACCCAAGGGUGCGAAUUACGUAGGAAUUCCAAAGACAGAUUCCGAAGAAAAUCCACGGGGAGUGUUGGUUGAAGUAAUCUGGGAGCAAGAUGAAAAUGGGUUUCUCAAAAUGUCAGGUCAUUCCAAAGAAUACCCAGUACCGCCAAAUGCUAAAAUAGUUGCUUCAAAUGCAAAACCCUCGGAAGAUCCACAGGUAGAUCAACCAGAAGUAGGGGUCAUUUAUGAUCUUACGGAUUCCGAAGCUUCAAAUUUAAGGAGUCUAAGUAGGAAAAUUUUGUAGUAUAUUGAAGCCUAUGAAGGCAUCGUUUUAUCAACGACCAACCCCCGUUUCCAAUAACAAGUACCGGGUUGGGUAGGAGACAAUGUUAACUCCCAAAAAUAAGACAUAGUUUUUACGCCGGCCUGAUCAGGCCUUGCGCAACCCAUAGGCAUUGUUUUAUCAUCAGUGUAAAAUGUAUUAACAAUGAGAUGAUACGAAACCCAGUUAUUUUUAAAGAUUUAAGGGUACAAUUUUACUCCACAAAACAUCAUAAUAAAAACUGUUCAAAAGAA